CCCUGGUGUACAUCGAAAACAACCUCACAGCUGUGUAAGCCGAACCCCAUACCUGAUUCCAGAUGUGUGUGUCAGAAAAACCCUGGACUACGGCGGCAACUGCAGGUCUUUCUGAUGUCCAAUUUGCAUUGCAAAUAUUGGAACAUUGAAUAAGGAAUGAUCACCUAUCAGAAUGCUUUAAAGGUAUGGGAGAUCCCAAACCAGAAGAGUACACGAGAGGAAACUAUGAUCCUAUUCUUCCCUGUUCUAGUCCAGAAACCAUCCCCAGUUCAGACCUCUUUGCUUCUCAUGAAAAUCAAGACAAGUUGAUAAUAAUAGGAGGUUUCGAUUUGGUGGUAGAAAAAACACACAUUAUGAAGAACAACCCAGAAAAGAAAUAUGAGAAGAACAGCAAAAGGGUUUCCUCAGAUACUACUGAAUCAGGUAACAGUACUCCAGGGCCCAGCCCUGCAUUUGUGGCCGCAUUAAGCACUCUGGGUGAACACAACGAUCACAUGCUCUUGCCUCGCUCAUUACAUCAGAUAGCAGAAGCAUAUUUUCUUGAAGAGGACUAUCAGUGGGCAAUUCAGUUCCUGAAUUUGGAGAUGUUAUAUCAUGAGAGACUGCUUUCCAACUUGGCCUCCAUGCAGAGGGACUGGGACUCCCACUGGAAGACUGUCUCUCAAGCCAAAAAUCGUUCUCCUGUAAAUACCCACUCUACCGAGGCUGAAACAAAAUGCAUGAGCUCCCUGAGUCGCAUCUGCCGAACACACCAAAGACCUAAUUGCAGUGUUGAAAAGCAGGUAUCCAAGCUGAGCAUAAAAGUAGGAGAGCAGACAAGUUCAAUAAAUUCCACUAAAAUGAAGGAGUGGACUGAACAGACACCAGAAGAUGAGGCGAGGGAGAGCGACGAAUCUCUAUACCCAUCUCAAAGUUUGAUGAAGGAGGUUGAAGAGAAAGAAGCCACCAGGCUCAUUGAAGUUGAGGAGACCUUUCCUUCUAACGGUCUCAUCUCCAUCUUGAAGAAGAGGCCAGAUGAAUCUGGUCCGGCUAAUCCCUCUGCACCCAGAGGCUCUUCUAAACUCAAAGUCCGUUUUAGUGAGACAGAUUCCUUCCUGGACAAUGAUGAAGUGGGUGAAGACUCCUGUUUGUUCUUCCUUGUCCUGUGCCUGGUAAUGGUGGCCAUCAGCAUGGGUGGGACCAUGCUCUUCUGCUUCCUGGGUGGGGCUUAUUCAAACAUUUGCACAGAUUUCUCGCACAACAUGGACCUUUUCUUCAGUUUGACACGCUGGGUGGAGGACAUUCUCACACACUGGUUCAUUCCUGCGUCAUCAUAGCGCUGUUGCGGAUAUGCAGAAACAAAGAAUACCUCUUUAAUUGGUGAAGACAACUGGACAACUGCAUUCAGGCGAUCGUAAUUUUAAUAAUAGAGACCGAGCUUCCACUAUAUUAAAUACUGCAUCUGAUUAUCAUAUAAUUUUGUGCAAUGAUGUUUCACGGUUUGUAUUUUGUUGUUCAGUAACAAAUAACAAUCCUUAAUUGCGCAUCAGCAUUUUUUACUGCACAACCUGACCAUCAGCACAGAUAUAAAAUGCUUAUAAACCUUACGCUUGUUUUGUAUUAUAAUGUCGAGCAAUAUUUUAAGCUCAUAUUAAUUUAUUACCCACAGAUGCACACAUGGAAAUUCCAAAAAGUAUAUCUGCUUGUAAUAAUAUAUAAGGGUAUGAUGCACCCUGAUUUUGCUUUUUUACAACUUUUUAUUCAGGACUUUAUUGUGCACGUUCGUCAAUGUUCCAUUACUUUAAAGUCUGUAUGAAAAAGAUGCUUCUGUUCAUUGACCUCAUUUACACAAAUGUAAGAAAAUGAAUUGUAGAAUUUAUAUAUGCUGAAUACAUAGAAAUAAGUGUAUGUAUAUACCAGUGGCGAGAAUCACUGACAUAUACUGUACAGUCUACAGUAUUCAAAUCCAUGUUGCAUGAAGCUGUUUCUUUAACCAAUCAAGUUGAUGACACUGUUGCCCUCUAGAAAACAUCCAAUAAUGUCGCCAUUUUUACAUUUUGAUAGCGUUCGCAACCGCAAACCGCAUCUGUAGCAAACUGCAUAAGUGCAAAUAUAUUCGUGUGGAUUUUUUCAUUCCACAAUUGCAAGGACUUUACAAGAACAUUUACAAGACUGACUUUUUAAGUAAAGAUAGACAUUGUAAGGAAAGGUUAUCCAAAACAGUUCAAAACAGUUGUUAAGCUAUUUCUUGAACCAUUUCUACUUUUGCAUUUUCUUUCCUGUAGAAUUUGCACAAAAACACAAAAUUAGUUUCAAAUCCCCAUGAAAACCACAAUGCACGAAAAAAAAAAAAAAAAAAAAGCACGGAAAACCUGCUGUCAUUUUAUAAGGUUAAUAUCGAUGCUUCUACAGUAAAAGGAGUUGGAUUGUGUUUAUUGGUUUUCUUGCUUCAGAAAUGACAUUCAAUCUCAUUGUAUGAGAUUCCUGUCUAUGAUGCAGUGCUCUGUUAUACUUUGUUUUCUAUAAUAUUGACGUGUAUUAUUCUAUAGCCGUGGUGUAAUACUGAUGGUAUUAAGAGGUGGAUUGGGUUAGUAGAACACCAAUGAAGGCCAAAACACUGGUAUAUACACAAAAACAUAAAUGUAUUAGCCCUCAUAAAGUGCAAAAAUGAUAUGUAGGAAAUAAAUAUACAGUGAUUUACAUUUUC